AUGAUGUCAUCAGAUUUGGAAAUUGAUUAUACAAGUAAGUGGUAUUACAUUAACAACAUGUAUUUUAUCCUACAAAAUGAUAAAAUUUAUAGAUCAUCUUCAAUACCACAAGGUCAAUUUGAACAAAUUUUUCAAGCUGAUGGAGACAUUGAAGCUUUAUGUUAUGGAUCAAAUGUUUGUGUUCUCGUUUCAGGUGAAAUGGUCUAUUCAUAUCCUGUAAGUUAUAACAGACAGAUUUAUUUAUCACAGGAUUUAUCAAAUUGGGAAUUGGUUUAUUCAUUCACUCCAAAACUUACUCGAAAUUAUAGAUUUACAAAUUUAUUUUAUAUUGAUGGGUAUUUCAUUGCUUUAGGAUGUGGUGAUUUAGUAAAUAUCAGUAGUGAUGGAAGAAACUGGUCUGAAAUCACAAAAUUUCAAGAUGUUAGAAAAGCAAUUUUCAAAAAUAAUACGUUAAUAUUGAUAACAAGACCAGUUUUAAAUACUCACCCAGUUUCAAUAUUAUAUAAUAAAUUCAAUAUUCAUAAUGGAUUAAAUACAAUUCUUGAGAUGAUUUACCCCAUUGGUUCAAUAUAUACAUCAAUGAAUUCAACAAAUCCAGAAACGGUUUUAGGUUUUGGUACUUGGGAACAGAUUGUAGAUAAAUUCUUAUACUGUGCUAGAUAUUCAAAGCAAACGGGAGGUUCGAAGAAAAUUAAAGAAGCAAACCUUCCACCGCACACUCAUACAGGAACUACAAACACAACAGGUAGUCAUUCACAUUCAAUAACAAAAAGAGGUUAUAGAAAUCUUGCAGCAGGUUCGGAUAGACAGGGAAUGGAUAGAUAUGAUAUUUCAAGUGACUCAGUAGAUUCAAGCACAGGUAUUUUCUGUGGAACCACAGGUAAUCAUUAA